AUGGCUCCUCCUCCCAAGCACCCCACUGAACCAGAGCCCGUGCAAUUCACCGAGAAGUCUCCCCUCGGCGAUGGAAUGACCGCUGCAGCAGGCUCGGCCGGUUUCGGUACCCUCGUAUCGGCGAUUCAGAACAGCACCAGCAACCACAAGGCCGGAGGAUUGGGAGUGUUCACCAGGACAGGGAGCACAAUUGCUUUGUUCACGGCUGUUGGAGGUGUUUUCUCAUUCACACAAGCCGCCGUGUCAAAUGCUAGGCACACUGACGACCCUCUCAAUGGAGCAGCAGGAGGAUGUGCAGCAGGUUUCGUCGUAGGUGCACGAGCCGGUUCUAUCCCCAUGAUGUUCGGCUCCUGCCUGGCUCUCGGCGCACUCGUCGGCACAUUUGAAGCAGCUGGUCACUCUCUCCGCGGCGCAUACCCUCACGCAUCUCCAUUGACUGCCGGCUCGGCACAUGUAGAGGGUCAUUUGGAGGAGGGCGCAGGCACGGUUGAGCGAGGGUGGAGGGAAGAGAGAGAGAGGAGGCGGGAGAGGUUCUUCAAGCCGAGGAAGGAUACCGCUACUGAGGAGUAG